AUGGCUGAUCUUCCUAUUGGAGAUAGCAAUUGGAUGGUAAAAUUCAAUGAGUUACAAAAGCGACAGGUCGAUGCUUUGGUCUUGCAGAACGAGAAUCAAAAGUUACAAUUGGAAAUUCUUUCAUUGCAGCUAAAAGUCGAAAACAAGAGAAAGACGCAUACGUCUCUAGAUGGACGAGAAGGGGCCAAGUUAGAGAUUGGAGAUACCAUUCAACCGCAGCAGGAGUCAUCGCCGCUGGGAGAAACUUCCUUGACCCCUGUACCGGAGUUCGUGAUGCAGGCAUUUGAUUCAAAUAUUAACCAAGGAUUUGCACAGUACCCCAAUUAUAAUCUUGAGGGUUCCCAGGACAGUAAUAUCUUUCCGGAAGAGAACCAGGAUUUGCCAGAAAUUCAGCAACAACAACAAUCAGACACUAUGAUAGGAUUACCGGAAAUCACCAACCUGGACGUGGCGGAUCAACAUCAACGACCAAAUGUUAUGAUGGAACUACCAGACAUGGCUAACCUUGACGCGGCGGAUAGUCGGCUUAUGAUGGCACUUUGUUAUAAUAUGCCACCUCCGCCUCUACAAACAACUAUGACAUCUGAUCCUUUCACUCCAACCAACAAACGCACUGAAAAUCAAGGAAAUGGUCUCCAUAGUAUGACCCCGGAUAACCUUACACCUCUUGAGACUGUGAAGGCACACCGCCAUGGGCAUCGUCGCCCAUCAAUCAUCAGGACUCCAGUAUCUCCAAUAGAGUCGCCAAGGGUUAAACGUGCUCGUACAAGCGAAAUUGGAAUCGGCUACUUGGAUUAUAGCCCCAAUAUUUUGGGUGGCUUCAAUGGAGAUAUUGACCAACGUGGACCCCUGAGUGAAGCUUUGCAAACUUAUGCUUCAGAUGUCGAGAAACUUGCAUUCGCGCUUGCUAGAAAGGACCUAGAGGAGUGCGUCCUGGAACUAGCACUUGCUGAAGAAGGUAUUGCCAAGUUACUGGAUGACAAUUCUGCCUCUGGAGUUAUACCAAGCGGGGGACUUGUCAGGAGUGCCUUGUUAAAAAGGUGCAACAAAAAUGGUAGAAAGGUUGUGUUUAAUAAAGACAUUUAUCCUAUGAGUAUUGGCUUGAAUGAAGGUAGCAAUGUCGGGGCAUUUAAAAAUCUGCCCUUAGAGCUCCUGAUUCAUAUUGUUACGUUCCUACCGCUAGGAACUGCACUCAAAUUUAUCCUUUCUGUUUGCAAGUCGUUUCGCGCAUUGAUGUCCGAACCUAUUCUCUGGAAUAAAAUGGUUAUCGAGCUUAAGAAUCAAGAAUUGAGCUCCGACGGAUUUAUACGUCUAAUCCGCACCUUACCAGCGACCUCUAUCCGUUAUUUCAGCAUUGAUACAGCAAGCUAUGACAUAGGAGUCAUCAAUGAAGUUAUUGAGCUGUUGAUAAAAGGGAAACAAUUUGGCCUUACUUCACUCCAUAUCUCUGGGAAAAAACUCAGUCUCGCGGCGAUCUUGGGCGUAGUAAAACGCUUAUGGGCCGAUAGAAUCACAGUAUUUUCUCUUACUGAUGUGACACACACGAAGGUUGAUCCGGAGCAAACCAUUAAACAAGUUCUAUCACUCAUGCCUAACUUGAAAAAGUUGAGAAUGGAGGGUGGAACCUGGGAUAUUAAAGCUCUAAGAUCUCUAUCGUGCUUACACGGCCAACUUAGAAAUAUUGAAGGGAGCAGACUCGUUGGAGAUAACAGAUUAACCCAUAUGAGUUUCUCGGGAUCGAAAACUAUGAUUUGUUGGGAUGAUCUUAAAGACUUUGGGAAAUGGUUUCCAGAAGUCGAGGAGCUGUUCAUUCAAUGUGUUUACGCCAAUGAAACUGAAUGGAUCAAAAAUUAUGCUAAUGGGCCGGCAAAACCUGGGGUUGAGGGGAUGGCGGUGGCAUUUGAAGGGGCCAAGUAUAAGUACAGAACACCAAACUAUGUCGAUAUUUCGUGGGUCCCUAUGUCAAGGUUAAAGUAUUUUGGAUGCGGCAGUAUCUGCGAACAGACCAAAAAGCAUCAAGUUAAAGCCUUUGAAGAUAUUCAUGCUGCCUAUAUUUGGAGCCUACUCAGGGGAAGUAGAGAAACCUUAGAGCGAUUGGAGCUUAGUCGCGGACAGGAAACCUCCAAGGAACGUGGCAAAGGCAAUGGCAAAUUCCAUGCACCUCUUCCACAACUUAUACUGGUGCCGUUGAGAGGUAUGCACGGUGUGGAUUUCCCAAAGUUGACAUACCUUUUCCUCGGCUUUUGGGAUAUCCAUUGGGAGUGGUUCACUGCCUUUAAAUCAUCCAAUGAUGAGACCAACCUCCUCGCUGAAGCUCCUGGGACCAUGGACGAGCUCAACGGAUCAACACCCAUUUUAGGUUUUGAAAACGUCAAGAAAUUUAUCUUCUGGGGAUGCACUGGUAUCCCAAAGGAUCAAGAUACUGCGGGAGGAAAGUCCUGGGUGCUCGAUUUGAAAAAAACUUGGGGCGAGGAUUUGGAAGCAAUUGAUGAGUCUAUUGGCCAAUACGAAGCGUUGAAAGGCAAUAAGGGCAUGGGUUCCUGGUAA